GGCAGCCUUAUUUGCCAGUCGGUACAGGCAUUCGCGGAUCGCGUACCAUGUUUCAGUUGAUAUCAAUAAGCUUUCUUUAAUUAAACACCUGUCAAAAUUGAAUUUUUCUAACCUCGAGUUCGCGCUUCGUCGACUUUCCCGCGGAAAUUUGACAGGUGACGUGUAGUUUUUUUUUUUUAACAAAGUUUUCCGUCUGUGGUGCCAGUGCAGUGAGAAACGGAUAGUUUAAUUGUUCGUUUUGUAUAAUUAAAUAAUGUUGUGUUGUUGUGGAAAUGUCAUCGGAUAUGUGUGAAAAGAUGGCGUAACGAGAGAAGAAGAAAAUGGCAGCCGUGUCUACUACGGUCCACCUUCAAGAUUCGAGGAUAAAAGUGCAAGAUCAGAGUGACGAUGAGCCCUACUCGCCGAACACGAGAGAUACCACCAGUCCUGAGUACCACGACGAAGAAAAGCAAGAAGAAAGAUCGAUACAUACGUCCUCUUUCUCCAUUCACAACGUUCUGAAGAAGGAAAGAGAUAGCAACAGCCCAGAAAAUGUGUUCUCGACGGAAAAACUACUGCAGAACACACCAAACUUCGAUGAUACAAUAGAAAGUUCUAGAAAUUCCGAGAGCGUAAGUCCUCAGUUGGACGACGAUGAAAAUCAAACGAACGAAUCGAGAGCCGAGAUCAGCGUAGACGACAACUCCUGUUGCAGCGAUGAUACAGUUCUAUCAGUCGGCAAUGAGGCACCGGUUUCCAAUUUCGACCAGACAGAAAAAUCCCAAGAUACAACACAAAGUUUGACGUCCUUCAAACACAUCCAAACACACCUGAAUGCGAUAUCCCAGUUGAGUCAAAAUUUAAACAUGAACCAACCUUUACUUCUUCGACCGAGCCCCAUAACCCCAAAUCCGCUGAUGUUCUUGAACCAACCGUUGUUGUUUCAGAACCCAUUGAUCAAUCAGGUCGAUAUGAAAUCUGGUAUAAGAAUGCCCAUACCACAGAAUAAUAUGAGCGUGAACUAUGGAUUGAAUUUUGGUGUCAGGAAAAACGGGAAUCAAACCCAAGAAUUAAGAAGUACUAGAACAGAUGAGAAUAGAAGAUUGAAUUAUAUGAGUCCAAAGUCACCAGAAAACGAGUCUGCCAGGGAUUUUAUCAAUCAGAGUUGUCUGAAAUUUAGUAUAGAUAAUAUAUUAAAAGCUGAUUUUGGGAGACGAAUAACGGAUCCUUUAAAUAAGCGAAAAAAUCUGAAGACGAGGCAGUAUGAAACUAAACCGGUUCCGGUGAAGGAAGUCGUGCCUCCUAAGCCUGAUGUUUUAGAAGCGAGGGUGCCUGAAGUGAAACCAACUGAGAAAGGAGGUGCAAUUGACUUGUCUAAAGUUGAAGACGGCAGCAGUAACCAAGGGUCUGGAUCUGGGUCGACGAGUGGGGACGGUCCAAUGGUGUGGCCGGCAUGGGUGUACUGCACUCGGUACAGUGAUCGUCCUAGUUCCGGACGAAGUAAGUACGGGACCGGCUCACGGCUACCACGUCCACGGACUCGACGGCCGAAGAAGCCGCCGGGGGAGACCGGCGGCGCGACCGACGAGAAACGACCCAGAACCGCCUUCUCGGGCCCGCAACUCGCUAGACUAAAGCACGAGUUCGCCGAAAACCGCUACCUGACCGAGCGGCGGCGGCAGUCGCUGGCCGCAGAGUUGGGGCUUGCGGAGGCUCAGAUCAAGAUCUGGUUCCAGAACAAGCGCGCCAAGAUCAAGAAGGCGUCCGGCCAGCGGAACCCGCUCGCCUUGCAGCUAAUGGCGCAGGGUCUGUACAAUCACAGCACAGUGCCGUUGACGAGAGAAGAAGAAGAGUUAGAGAUGAAGGCUAGAGAAAGAGAACAGCAGAAUAGAUGUUAAUUGAGUAAAGACUGUUUAGUUUGGACAAUUUUAGGAACCUCAUGUGUGAGAUGCUAGCUGAGAUCUUGCAGAUAGGAAGUGUGGUCUGAAAAAAGGAAGUUGUUAGGAGAUAAACCUUGGUAAGGUACUUCAUGAUGAUGUAGAAAGAAUACAUGUCACUACUUCUUUUCAUCCCCAAGGAUGUUGUAAAAGUCGAGUUCGCAAAGUACCAUACAUAAAUACUAGGGAAGAAAACACUAAACCAAGCCGGCUUAUCCAAGCGUGGCACGCUAUAUCCUACUUUUAUAAGAAGAGAGCCAAGUCCAAUAGUGGGACGUAAUUGGGUUAUAGAUUAUGGAAUAUCAGAUGAUGCUGAACGUUGCCACCGUUGUGGUUCCUCUACAUAAUAUUUUUGUUAGGCCGUGCACGUACCAAAGUACAUAUUAAUCCGCUAAAAAUUUUAAAAAUUCAUAAACACACACACAAGCACACAACGAUAAACGAGAUAUUUGGUGGAUACUUCUAUUUAAAUUUAGAACACUGAUUUUUUUGCAACGAGCAGUUUUUUGCUGUACCUACAUAAAUAAACAAUGUCACAAAACUAAUGUAAGAACGAUAUAGACGCAAAUCCUAUCGUUUGCAAGAAUACUUAUGAAAGUCUUUUCAGAAUUAGUGACGCAAUCGUCAUUGGAAACAAUUUUUUUUAAGUCAUAGAUAACUCAUAAUAUUAGCUAUAUAUUUUUUGAGAUUUUGUUCAUGAAAAAAAUUUUCUUUCUUUCUUUUCUUCAAUGGUAAUCAAGUAAUAAGUUUUUUUUAGUCUUUAUUUUUUUUCCAGCGUCAAGUAAUUUGUGUUUCGUUCUAUAGAAUAUCGCCAAGUUUAACGUUUCCCGCCUUUUUCGAUCACCAUAUUAGACAUUUAACGCUCAGUAUAUUGAAUCAACGAAAAUCUUUUUAACCAACGUCCAUCACAAUAAAUCAUAAUUUUAUUAAGUAGAAUAAAAACACAAUACAAAAUUUAAUGACACGCCUUUUCUCCGCAAUAAAAUCUAUUUCGAAAAUUUUUCUAUUCAGAUUGUAACUUAUACGUAUCACGCGGCGUCAAAAAUAAAAAAAAAAGCAAUACUUGUUUACUUUGGUACGCGCGCGGUAAUAUCUGUAUAGCGUUUUGUUUUUAUUAACAACAAUUGUUUAUAAUUAUAACUGUUGGACACCAACUGGCUAUGUGUUAUAUAGUUCUAAUUACACGAGUUUUUUUUUAACAAUAUUUCAAAAUGCGAAGCAAUACCGUUUCGUAUUAAAUUUAACAAUGUACUCGUAUUUUUCUUUUUCUUUUUAAAUAUGUCACAAACAUUUUAACUACAAUGGAUGUAUAUUGAACGAAGUUGACAUUAAUCGUUUCAAUUAUAUACAAUUUUUUAUGCCAAAAUUAUAUUUUCAAAGAAUUAACAAAUCAUAAAACAUAAUAUCGUAUAGACGACAGAUGCACUAACUAAACGCAACUACGUUUUUAUUCACAAAAAAGAAACUUUAAUAAAACUUUAUUUAUGUUCUGUAUUGUACUUUGAACGUCAUUAGAUACGAUAUUUUAUGUAAUAAUUAUCAUAAUUCAUGAUUAUUACGAUGACAAACAGUCACAAUGACAGCUAACAUCUAAUCUUAGAUUAUAUAGAUAGAGUGUCUCCAUACAAAUACUUCGAGAAAAACGGGUCAACUUUUUCAUACAAUUUCGCGUGAUAAAUAGUUAUGAGUGUUUCCUUUAUAACUUCUAGGUAUAUUUGUUUUGUUUAAUAUUUUUUGCAUCUUUUUAAUGUAUAAAUACUCAUUUUAUUUAUUAUAUUAUAUAAUUAAAUAUAGAUACGUCAAGAUACAUUGUGUACGUAAGUAUAUAGAACACUGAUAAAAAAACGAGCCAGCUAAUUUGACAAUUAGCUGACAAAAAGUUAGUCCGUUUUUUUAAGUCUCGAUGCUCUAGCUAUAUAAUCUAAGUAUUUAAGAAACAAAAUGUUAUUACAUAACGCAAAAUAUACACAAUUUAUGUUUUGAAAUGAAACGAGGAAUUAUUUGGAUUGUAAAAAAUAAUUUAUAAAGUUAACAAUCUUUGUAAAUAACUAGUGGAUUAAGAAUAAAGUUUAAAGAUAUAAGUUAUUUAUUGUGCAAUGUAGCAGUAUUAGUAGAUAUAGCUCGACAACUGUCCGGGGAAAUAGGGAUUGUAGAAAUACGCGGAAAUAAGGAAAUAAGGGCUAGAGAAAUAUGCUAGAGAAAUAGGUAUUUUUGAGCUGUAUUUCUUGUUGCUAACAAUGUAAACUUUUUUAUUUUUCCAUUCAGUUGUCGAACUAUGUGUGUAAAAGUAGUGAUUUAUAGAAAAAAAAAUAUUA